AUGGGGGCAGAGAGCCUGAGGAAGACCACAUUCACAGGGAGAGGGAACGGGAACCUACACCCCCUUCACAGGAGGAGACCCAAUGUGAGACCGGCUACACCACUGGUGGGGAUACUGGUAAUGAACUGGACCAAGACCAACGUGACCACUUGCAUAGGUGGGCCAUAUUUGUUGGUUGGAUGGAUGGAUGGAUGGAACAAGGGAUUGAGCGAUAGAUUAAACAUUAAAACACACAGACAGCAUCCAACCAUUAUCUGCUGUAUGUGCUGUUUCAGCCAUGUCAUAUGCUAGUGGGAAAGCAUGACAGAAAGCGCUACAUUCAAGAUGCCAUUCAAGAAAAUUGCAGUAUUGAUCAAAAUGUGUCUCCUUUUUUCCUGUGUAAUGUGUCUCUUCAGCAUGUACCCUGAGAUAACAUCAGACAAACAGACAGUAUAAGAAAGCGUUUGACUCCUACCUGGUGAGCUACAAGAGCCUGUGUGCCGAGAUCCAUGACAUCAGCGACCAGAUGCAAAAACUGAGCCGAGAGCUGGACACCCUGGACAUCUGCUAUUUUUUUGCAUUCUCCUCUAUAUCUCAGAGAGUGGCUGAUGAAUACAACCGGCUAAAGGACCUGAAGUGGGUGAGUGAAAACUGCCCCAGGGGGGCAUACCUCAUGUUACUGUACAUCAAGGAUUAA